AUGCUUUCUCCAUCUAAACGUCUGCUACUCGUUCUCCUAUUCGUCUUCUACCAUCCUAUCAAUUCCCUAACGACGUGCCCCAGACAAUGCAUUUGCCAUGAAACAAAAAAAACACUGCAACCAAAAACGAAAAAGAGCCAUUUUCCACCAGUGCUCGUUGUUGCUGCUGGCCCGCUAUUGCCCGAAAAGACAAAGCAAACAAAGAGAGAGAGAGGGAGAGAUGGAAAGGUGGAAAUGAAGCAAAAAAGUGAAUGUCCACUUCCUACAGGUGGAUGGGAGGAGAAGGUAUGCGAGACGUCAGAGAAGUCAGAGUUGAUCAUUUCCUCUUUGGGAAGCACAUAUAUCACUUCACUUGUCGUGCACACUUGUGAUAAGGUUACUGUACAAAAUGGAAGCUUUUCGGGAGUGGUACUGGUGGACCGAUUAACAUUCAUUGCAAUUGGCCGCCUAUACUUUGAACCGCACGCCUUCAAAGGCAUUCUUCAAAGCCCGAGACGGUUGGUAAUUGAUGAUGUCACCAUACCAUCUUUGGCACCAGUCGCGUUUGCCGGAUUAUCACAUAUUGAUCAUUUUUGGAUCCGCAAAUCACAGAUCGACGUCAUUGCAAUGGAAGCUUUUCACUAUUUGACCAACAUUGAUUAUAUUUAUUUCCAUCAAUCAAAAAUUGGACGAAUCGAACGAAAGGCUUUCUCAAAAAUGUAUCAAAUCGAUCAUUUAUAUUUCAAAGAUUCCGUUGAAAUCGGAAUGAUAGAAUCAGAAGCGUUUUCUGAGAGUCAAGUGGAUGAAUUAAUAUUUGAUGGGAUUACUGUAGAAUCUGCUCAUGAUACUUUUCUUCUGAACUUGAAUUCUGAGAGUACCAUUUUCAAAAAUUCCACGAUUUUUUUAAUACCAAGACAGGAGGAGAAUGUUAUUGAGCUCAAUGAAGAGCAGAAAACUAUUGAGAGAUGCCUCAUCCAUUCUUCCAACUUCAAUAUUCUGAGUCCAUACAAGUUGGGUUGUAAUGUUCUAGAAGUUUCCAGUUCAAAUAUUCAAAGGAUUGGUCCAGUUUCAAGGGACAUCGACACUCCAGUGUUCCGUCCAGAACCUUCGCUUUCUGCUUCUCUAAAUUCUGUAAUCUUCUCAAAUUGUUCAAUUGGAUCUGUGGAUUCGUACUCUUUCACCAACUACACAUUAUCCAUUCUACAAUUCGAUCACUCCAAGAUCACAUCUUUCAAAUCGAAGGCAAUUGAAAAAUCGAAAAUCCAAAAAAUAGGAUUUGAAGGAUCAAAGAUCGAAGUUUUCAAUGAGUCCAGUAUUCAUAAAUCAACUAUUAAAACUUUGGAUUUCAAUGGAAUGGAAAUAGAGAUAAUCGAAAAGGAAUGGAUUCAGAGUUCGACUAUUUCAAAGAUGAGAAUAAUGAAUUCGAAGAUAGAAAAUAUUGAAAAAAAUGUAUUCAAAGAUUCGAGUUUUGGAGAGAUUGAAGUUGAUGGGAAUAGAAUAACCAUGAUGGAUUCUGAAGCGUUUUAUGGGGAUAAUCAGAUCUCGACUCUCUCGGUCACCGCCAACGACCUAACCACCUCCACGCCAUCUCCAUCAUUGCUCUCCCCCUUUUCCCAUCCAACAUCCUUCAUCCUUGCCAACAACACCAUUGACUGCUCACCCUCUGAUUGUUCCACCAACUCAUUCCUUCUUAACUCUCCCAAACAUUCCCCACUCCUUUAUCAAAUUUCCAAUAAUCGAUGCCGUCCUCCAAGUCAGUCACCAUGCGUGGAACCCCGAUCUAUCACCAUCGAAGAUCACGGAAUCACAUGUCGGAUAUCGAGCCUUCUUGCUGAUUGCGCAUGCACAUCUUCCACUUCAUCGAUUCCUUCGAGAUUCCCAAUUGACGCGAAUAUUUCAAUAGUUGUUCUUGGAGAUUGUGAACACCUUACACUUGAUCAACAGAAAGCCGAAUUUUCACAAAUUUAUAUUUUUCGAACUUCCAAACUUGUUGUCUUGGAACUACCCAGAUCUCUGAAAGUUUUCAAGAUUUUCCAUUCUACAGUAUCUCUGAUGCGUCAGGAACGGUACGAUCAUUCGACAGUAGUCACCCCUCAAUCCUGGGAAAUCUCAAAUUCCAAAGUUGACCUUAUUGGUCCUUUUGGUCUCUCUAACCUUCAAAUUUCCACGUUAUACCUUCAUUUCUCUAGACUUUCUCAUAUCCCAUCCCAAUCUACUCGAAAUUCUAAAAUCCAAAAUCUAAUCAUCCAAAAUUGUUUCCUAGAAUCUACACAACCCCUUUUCGAAAUCUCGGAAACGCUUCAGAUGAGCCAUUCGGUGAUUUUCUCAUCGCCACGUGGAUUGGGAACUAUUUCAAGUGCUCAACUCCAGAAUAACACUCUCCUCGAGUGUUGUCGUCACCCAUUCGUUCCCACUGACUACCGUAAUCCAAUGGGUCUUGACACGAUUGAUAUGGAUCCACGUUGUGAUUUACAUUUUUAUGGGAGUAGGUGUUUCAAUUUAGAUAGUGUUGAUAAUGGAGUUUAUACGAAUUUGCCAAUUACCUCUUCUUUUAAUUGUGAAUAUCAUCUCUUGCCGCUUGUUUUCUGUAUAUUUGUAUAUUUUGGUUUUUAA